CCUCCCGGCACCUGUCGUGGAUCUUGUGGCCGGUGGCCGUGAUGUCCUGCCAGGGCAAUGGGGGUCAGGCGCGGCGGCAGAUGUGCAGCCUGGGCGCCAUCCCAGCCCACUGAGCUGACACUUGGCCUCCGUGACCGAGGGGUGCCUCAAGAUGGGGUCCGGUGUACAGCAUUGGGGGCGGGUCCCCAGCGGGCAACUGGGGAGGUGCCUGGAAGGGGUGACCAGGACAGGAGGGGCCUGCGCCUGGGUGCAGCCUGCCCGGGGCCAGCGGCACUCACCAAGCACUGCAGGGGUUUGUUGGGGACCCCCAGCAGUGUGAAGUGGGCGUUGUCAAACUCAUCUGUGGAGAGAAGAGAGGGAAAGGAGGUGUCUCCGCCUCCAGACCAGACGGUCAAGGCCACACUCAGAGAAAGGUGUGGCCACACUCUACUUGGAAAAAUGUUUCAGGGGGCUGGCGUCGUGGUGCAGAGGGUUAAGCCUGGGCUUGGGACCGCUGCGUCCCUUCUCGGAGCGUGGGUUCAAGUCCCGGCUCCUCUGAUUUCUACUUAAGUAUGGGGUGGGCAACAGGAGCUGGCUCAAGUACUUGGGUCCCUGUCACCCACGUGAGAGACCCAGAUGGAUUUCUGGGCUCCUGUCUUCAACCUGGCCCAGGCCCAGCUGUUGUGGGCAUUUGGGCAGUGAGCCAGUGGAUGGAAGAUAUUCUCUCUCUUUCUCUCUCUCCUACAAAUAGAUUAAAUUUAACUACUUAAUUUAAAAAUUAGAUUUUUUAAAGAUAUUUGGUGACUUAAAAAAUAUAAUAUAAAAUGAUAUCCGUAUUUCAUCUCUUACAGGAGAAUAAGCCCCACAUAUAUUAAACUCCUCAAUGUAAAAAAAUGAGAAAUUAUAAAAGUAUUAGAAGAAAACUUAGAAAUUUCUUUAUCAUCUUAGGGUAGGAAAGACUUUUUUUUUUUAAGUUUUUAUUUUAUUUAUUUGAAAGAGUUAGAGAGAGAGAGAGAAAUCUUCCAUCUGCUGGUUCACUCCCCAAAUGACUGCAACGGCCAGAACUGAGCUGAUCUGAAGCCAGGAGCCAGAAGCUUCUUCCAGGUCUCCCACGUGGGCGCAGGGGCCCAAGGACUUGGGCCAUCUUCUACUGCUUUCCCAGGCCAUAGCAGAGAGCUGGAUCGGAAGCGGAGCAGCCAGGAAUCGAACCAGUGCUGCCUACAUGGGAUGCCGGCACUGCAGGCAGUGGCUUUAACCCGCUGAGCCACAGCGCCAGCCCAGAAAGACUUUUUAACUCUGAUGAACAACACAGGACGUUUAAACUAAAGAGAAUAACCCUGACCACGUAGAAACGCAUUUCUGGGGCUGGCGCUGCAGCACACCUGGUUCAGGUGCGGCUUUGGGUGCCGGCUCUGAAUCAGGGUUCUGCUUGGAGUUCUGCUACUCUGUGCUUCCGCUUCCCAUCCAGCUUCCUGCUAACGUGUGCAGGACAGCCCAAGAUCGUGGGUUCUGUCACCCACGUGGAAGAGCUGGAUGGAGUUCUAGGCCUCGACGUGUGGCCUGGCCCAGCCCCAGCUGUUUCGGGGAUUUGAUGAGAGGCAUUUUUCCUGAUAUUCAAAGAACUUCUAGAAAUCAAGACAAAAAGAAAAAAGAAAAAAAAAGAAAGAUGGGUAAGCCCAUGAUGCGAAGGUAGCUCACACACAUAAAAAUAGUACCAAAAAAAAAAAAAUAACCAAACAUAGGAACAGACACUGAGCCUCAUCUGUAAUAAGAUGUGUGCAUAUUCAAACUACAGUGGGAUGUCGAAUUUCCCUGAUCAGACUGGGAACAAUUCAGAGAUUGGUGCGCUUAUCAGAAAGAGAACCUUUGUCAUACACCGCCAGAGGGGGUUGAUGGGAGCCUGCAGAGAGCAGUGGGCAUUAUCCAUCAGCACCUUUGACCCCACAGACCCACUUCUGUGAACUGAUCCCACUUUACAGCUGCCUAAGGGCACCCUUUUCAGUGUUGUUUGUACCAGUGAGGGUUGAAACAGCUCAGGUUAACUUAGCUAUACUAUACUCUCACCAGGCAACAUGUUAAAAUAAUCAAAAUAAAUUGAAGGGUGGGUGUUUGGCCCAACCUCUGGGUGGGAUGCCCAUAUCCCAUACAGGAGUGCCUGGGUUUCAUUCCCAGCUCUGCUCCCAAUUCCAGCCUCCUGCAGAUGCACACCCUGGGAGGCGGCAGGUGAGGGCUCAAGUACUUGGGUUCCUACCACCCACGGGAGAAACCUGCAUUGAGCUCCCAGCUCCUGGCUUCAGCUUCAGUCUGGCCCAGUGCUGGAGUGAGCCAGGGAUGGGAGAUUUGUCUGUCUGUCUCUGACUCUCAAAUAAAUUGAUAAAUUUUAAAAGAUAAUUUGAAGAAAUUCACUAUACAAGAACUCUAAGGUGCUAUCAUUUGCUUUAGAGCUAAACUUUAGGCGACUGGAGGCAGAGAAGAGUCUGCAUUCCAGUCGCCACCUUAAGGAACUCAUCAGACUCAGCGGCGUGGGGAGUGGGGUCAUUCCAGCCUGCUGCCGCCCCGCACCUGUGAGAGCUCCCUGCCAGCAAUGCUGAGCCUGGCUAAUCCUGCCUGCACCUGGCUUCCAGGGGUUUUGGAGAUGGGCUGGCGGACAGCACAGCUCUGAGCCACAGGCCACCCACAGACAUGUCAGACGGGACAUCCACGCAGCAAACUGCUCCUCACCCAGAAGCAAGUUCCGGCGGCCUGUCUGGCAGCAGGCACGGCUCCAUCAUCUCCUGGCCCGCGUGUUCACCCUGACGACGUGGAGCACUCUGGCUGUGGCUCUCUUCUUGCCCGCGAAGACCUGCACGGGCUGUAGCGGGGCCUUGGACCACGCGGCUGUGGACAGAGAACCAAGCUCCUCGCUGGGAGGCGCCACCACCCAAAACGCGUGCAUCCUCUGCAAUGCCGCUGCAGUUGUCAUGCAUCGUCUCCAUUUUCACCUCCCCAGCUGGCAGGUUCCGUGUCUGUCUUGUUCCAUGCACCAGGCCUGGCCCACUGCCACACACAGAAGAGCUCUAGAAUGAUUGCAGAGGAACAAGGCAAGCCCCACCCCCUUGCUGAACAUCCCUGCACCCCAUGCCCUGUCCAGGUCCUGACCCUCCACUGCGCUUCUCUCCCCUGGGGCUUUUGUGCCUUGCAACCAUUCUGCCUGGGUCUCUGUCUCCUUUCUAAGGUCCAGCGUUGGUUUGCAGGGCAGCAGGCCAGACUCCGUCCUCGCCGAUCCUCAGUCCUAAAGGCCCAGCUCUGGAACCAUGGCCACUGGCAGUAGAGCCCAAGCUACGAAGACUCCUAUCCAGAGAGAAGCUGCCUGGGCCCUGGUGUUGGGGCAGGGAGCAGAUGUGUGCCUCCUGCCCCUGCUGGCUGCCACCUUGAGGAAUCUCCCGGGAGCCACUCUGUGGCUUGGCCAGGCCAGCUACUGCCAGUUAAUCCCCGAUCCGUGUCUGAAAGGCCAGCUGCGAGAAGGCAGUUCCCGGCUGGAGGUUGGCAUCUGAGCAGGCUGUCGGGAUGCUGGGCUGGGUCCAGAAGGUGCUGCCGCAGCCUCCAGGGACUCAGAGGACCAAGGUGGAGGAGGAAGAGGAAGCAGAGGAGGCGGAACCGGAACCGGAACCAGAGCCCGAGACAGCCCCCGAGGAGGCCGAGCCGGAGGACCAGGCCCUGCCACCUGAAGAGACACCUGCAGGGCCAUUGGAGGGGCAGGAAGUGGCUGCAGCUGACCCAAGCCUUCAAGAGACGCAGGAGGCUGCCUCCAUUCCGCCCGCAUCCCUCCAGGCCCAGGGCACGGGGGUCCUGGCAGUGAACAGUCCCAGCGGCUGGGUGCUGACGUGGCUCAGGAGAGGCAUGGAGAAGGUGGUCCCGCAGCCUGCCUGCAGUGCCAGGGCAGCCCAGCAGGAGGACCCAGAUCAGGCUGGAGCACAGAUCCUUGGGCCCUGCAGCGCUGGGGACGCAGGGUGCCCAGAUGAGCCCAGCGACGCCCUCAGGGCCCAGGACGCCGGGCCUGGGCCGUGGCUGCUCAGAUGGCUGGAGCAAAAUCUGGAGAAAGUGCUGCCUCAGCCGCCCAAAGCCUCCGAGACCCAGGGCUGGAGGGAGGAGCCUGCUGAUGCUGCCGUGGACCCAGAGCCUCCCGCAUGUCCCCUGGGGCCAGAGCCCAGGAUGCAGGCCCAGGAGAGCGCCUCCCUGCCCACGCCCAGCGGCCCGGAGCCCCAGGAGGAGCCGGCUCCAGAGCCCCAGCCUGGGUUCCAGGCUUCCUCCCUGCCGCCCCCCGGGGACCCUGCCAGGUUGUUAGCAUGGCUCCUGCACAGGCUGGAGAUGGCCCUGCCGCAGCCAGUGCUCCACCAGAAAGCUGGGGGCCAGGAGCCUGACUCCCCUGGGACGUGUGACGUGCAGACCAUCAGCAUCCUCCCUGGAGAGCAAGUGGAGCCUGACCUUGUCCUGGAAGAGGUUGACCCGCACUGGGAGGACACCCAGCAGGACAGCAGCGGCAGCCCGCAGGGCACAGAGGAGGUGCCGGCUUACGGAGAAGAGGACAGUGCCGUGGAGGAGGUGCCCAGGCCGCUGUCCCAGAUUCAAGAGGAGAAAGAGGAGGAGGAAGAGGAAGAGGAUGGAGAGCAGGAAGAGGAGGAGGAGGAAGAGGAGGCUGACGUCCUGCUGGAUAGCUACUUGGUGACGGAGGCAGAUGAGGACCCCAGUGAAGUAGGAGAAACCCAGGAGCUGAGGGAGUCGGACCAGGAGCUGCAGGAGGAGGCCACGGCCAACAGCCCAGGAGUGCCCGGCACGAGAGAGCACCCUGAAGUGCAGGUGGAAGAUGCGGACACCGACAGCCACCCCCUCAUCCCGGAGGAGGCCCCGCCCUCGGUGCCAUCGCCCUCGCUGCCGUCGCCCUCGCUGCCCCCGCCCUCGCCCGCCAAGGCCGACACCCUCACGGUCCCAGGCUCUGCCUCGGCGGCCCCCAGGAAGAGGCUGCCCUCUCCGGACAAUGAGGCUGAAGAGCUCAGGGCGCUGUCACCUGCCGAGUCCCCGGUGGUGGCCUGGUUGGCCUCUCCCACCCCACAGGACACUGAUGCCCAGGACCGCGCGGCCUCCGCCGCCAGCCAGAACAGCGCCAUCAUCAACGACCGGCUCCAGGAGCUGGUGAGGCUCUUCAAGGAGCGCACGGAGAUGGUGAAGGAGAAGCUCAUCGACCCUGACGUCACCUCCGAGGAGGAGAGCCCGCAGCCCUCCCCAGCCAAAAAGGCCCCGGAGCCGGCCCCAGAAGCCAAGCCCGCGGAGGCGCAGCAGGCCGAGGAGGAGCACUAUUGUGACAUGCUGUGCUGCAAGUUCAAACGCCGCCCCUGGAAGAAGUACCAGUUUCCCCAGAGCAUCGACCCGCUGACCAACCUGAUGUACAUCCUGUGGCUGUUCUUCGUGGUGCUGGCCUGGAACUGGAACUGCUGGCUGAUCCCCGUGCGCUGGGCCUUCCCCUACCAGACGCCCGCCAACAUCCACCUGUGGCUGCUGACGGAUUACCUGUGCGACCUCAUCUACUUCCUGGACAUCACGGUGUUUCAGAUGCGCCUGCAGUUUGUCAAAGGCGGGGACAUCAUUACGGACCCAAAGGAGAUGAGGAACAACUACCUGAAGUCCCGCCGCUUUAAGAUGGACGUGCUCUGCCUCCUGCCCUUGGAUUUCCUCUACUUGAAGUUCGGCGUGAACCCCCUCCUUCGCUUGCCCCGUUGCUUAAAGUACAUGGCCUUCUUCGAGUUUAACGACCGCCUGGAAGCCAUCCUCAGCAAAGCCUACGUUUACAGGGUCAUCAGGACCACAGCCUACCUGCUCUACAGCCUGCACUUGAACUCCUGUCUUUACUACUGGGCGUCCGCCUACCAGGGCAUUGGCUCCACGCACUGGGUCUAUGAUGGCGUGGGAAACAGUUACAUCCGCUGCUACUACUUUGCCGUGAAGACCCUCAUCACCAUUGGCGGGCUGCCCGACCCCCAGACGCUCUUCGAGAUUGUCUUCCAGCUGCUGAAUUACUUCACUGGGGUCUUCGCUUUCUCUGUGAUGAUUGGACAGAUGAGAGACGUGGUGGGCGCCGCCACGGCGGGGCAGACCUACUACCGCAGCUGCAUGGACAGCACAGUGAAGUACAUGAACUUCUACAAGAUCCCCAGGGCCGUGCAGAACCGCGUCAAGACCUGGUACGAGUACACCUGGCACUCGCAAGGCAUGCUGGAUGAGUCAGAGCUGAUGGUGCAGCUCCCGGACAAGAUGCGGCUGGACCUGGCCAUCGACGUGAACUACAGCAUUGUCAGCAAGGUGGCGCUCUUUCAGGGCUGCGACCGGCAGAUGAUCUUCGACAUGCUGAAGAGGCUUCGCUCCGUCGUCUACCUGCCCAACGACUACGUGUGCAAGAAGGGGGAGAUCGGCCGUGAGAUGUACAUCAUCCAGGCGGGGCAGGUGCAGGUGCUGGGCGGCCCGGAUGGGAAGGCUGUCCUGGUGACACUGAAAGCUGGAUCCGUGUUUGGAGAGAUAAGCUUGCUGGCCGUCGGGGGCGGGAAUCGGCGCACGGCCAACGUGGUGGCCCACGGGUUCACCAACCUCUUCAUCCUGGACAAGAAGGACCUGAAUGAGAUCUUGGUGCACUAUCCCGAGUCUCAGAAGUUGCUCCGGAAGAAGGCCAGGCGCAUGUUGAGGAGCAACAACAAGCCCAAGGAGGAGAAGAGCGUGCUCAUCCUGCCCCCCCGGGCGGGCACCCCCAAGCUCUUCAACGCCGCCCUGGCCGCGGCGGGCAAGAUGGGCAAGGCGGGGAAGGGCGGCAAGCUCGCCCACCUGCGGGCCCGCCUCAAGGAGCUGGCUGCGCUGGAGGCGGCCGCCAGGCAGCAGCAGCUGCUGGAGCAGGCCAAGAGCUCACAAGAUGCCGCGGGGGGAGAGGCAGGUACCGCAGCCCCGGACCAGCCCGUGGCUCCCUCGGAGGCCGCCCCGGACCUGCCCUCAGCCCCAGAGCCCCACGCACCCCAGGCGCCCCCGGAAUCCCCCGAGAAGCCCGAGGGAGGUGAAGAGGAAGCGGCCCGGCCGGAGGAGCCAUCAGUGCAGAUCCGCACGAGCCCAGGCCCGGAGUCCGGCGAGCAGAUCCUGUCCGUGGAGGGGCCAGAGGAGAAGAAGGACGAGGCAGAGUGAGGCUGCGCCAGGCACGCAGUCCGGGCAGGGGCACCUGCUGCGCUCGGGAGUCUCCCGAUGCCGCACAGCAGCGCCCCCGGGUGGAGACACCGAUCAGCUUAUGGAGGGGCUUGUAGUCAACAAACGUCCCCAAGUGUUCGUGCCCCCAAGCGCCCACCCUCACUCGAGAGCCUGACUUCUCUCUAAAGGGUGGCACUUUUAAGAAUAAAGUUAUCCCCCGCCCCGGAAA